AUGGUUGGCCACAAACCGCUCGUAUACCAUCAAACAUUUCUAUGGCGUAUAUCAACAACACCCGCUGAAGUGAAUUUUUUUCAAAAAUUAUCAUUAGAAAAAAAAUAUGGUUAUACUGUAUUAAAAACACUUCGAAAUUGUAUACCAUAUCAAUGUAUUGUUAAUAAUAUUGUCUAUAGUACAAAUGAAUUAUUAACAUCUUAUACAUUGAAAAUGAUCUAUUUACAUGAAGUAGAAAAAUAUCCAAAUAAUCAUCAUUGGUUAAAUCAAAAUUUAUGUCAUCGUGUCAUGUCUUUAUUUAAACGUUUAUAUAAAAAUUUUCAAUUGGGUAAAAUUCAAUCGUAUUAUAUUCAGAAUUAUAAUAUAUUAGAUUGUGAAGAAUUUGAAAUAUUACGUUCACAUAUGUUAAAAUAUGUUCAAUUAAUUGUUGUUCAUUUGAAAGAGACGCUUUUAUUAAAUACAAAUCCUGUACGUCCAAGUCACUAA